AUGCAGGAGCGCAGGCGCGGGCUUCGCAGGCAGAGGCACCGUGGGCGCAGCCACAGGCGUCCGCGCGGGUGCGGAGGGCGCGACGGCGGCCUGCGCGGCAGCCUGCGCGGCGUGUGCUCGCGCGAGCUUGGCCUGGAGGUCCCGCAGGGCGGCCGCAAGGCGAGCGGCGGAUGGCGUGGGCGCCGUGGGUGCGACGACGGGUGGCGCGGGCGCGGCGACGGGCUCUGCGGGCACGGCCACCCGCGGCGCGGGAGCCGUGGGGGCGGCCACGGGCGGCGUGGGCGUGCCCACGGGCGGCUCGGGCACGGCGCCGUGGGCGGCGGCGGCUGGCACGCCGAUGGCGGCGGCCCAGGGGGCAACGGCGGCCUAGGGGGCAGUGGCAGCGCUCGCGCCCUGGCAGCUGAGGCCACGGGGGCCACGAGCCGCGGGCCAGGCGCGCGCCAGGCACGCGCCGUCCGCGCCCAGCGCGGUGCUGGCGGGCGUCCGUGGGCCCGGUGCGCGCCAGGCGCCCCCGGCAGCGGCAGCAGAGGCGCCUGCAGGGGCGGCACCUGCGGCGGCGGCGGCGGCAGUCGCACCCCCCGUGCCCAGGUCGAGGGGAGGGGCGGCGGGGGCGACCAGAGGCGGCCGGCUCGCGCCUGCAGAGUAGGGUUGAGGCGGCUGCGGCGCGGGAUCCGCGUCCUCAGGGGCCGGCGGCGGCCGCGGGGGCGGCAGAUCCGCGCCUGCGGCGGCCAUGGGCGGCGCUCCCGGGUCCGGAAGAGGCACGACGGCGGCGAGGGUUGCAGCGGCGGCGGCGGGCGGCCAUGGAGCGGAGGGCCAGGCCACCGGCGGCGCAGCGGCACGCGGAACAGAGCACUAUUUGACAUGUUGGAUGCAACAAUCCCACGGGAGAACCAACUGCGUGUGCUGCUGGAGCAGGGCUUUCUAGGUCACGCAGCACUGAAUUCCAUUGCCUGCGAGGGUGUGGACCUGAUGGACUGCCCUGAGAAAUAUAAACAGUGGCAAGUGAGAAACCAACGUGCUGGAUUGAGACAGCUGCCACUGAAACCACAAAUUGUCAAUGAACUGAAGGAGAAAGUCAAGCAGAACCACCAUAAUCACUACUAA